GUUGCUAAGACGCAAUGGCGGCAAAUUGCUAGAUUUUUUAUUUGUUUAUUUGAAGAAAUCUGACUAAAAUAUUACCAUGGAGACCGCAAGUACUACGGAUGGUACAGCAGAGGUUAUAAAUGCACGCAGGACUGAAUCCAUUGACGCUCCACACAUCAAUAACUUAGUUACAGAACAGACGGACGAACUCUUUGGCAGAGUCAACAUUGUCAAUAUCAUUGAAAAGGCUAUAUUAGCUGUGACACUUUGCAAUGAGAGUGAUGAGAUCCUUGGCCACGCUGCUUUCUUUGACUACCCCAACACCAAAGACGUUGACCCGGCCAGCUGGGAAGAGUGGCUUCUCAAGAACUACCAGCUCAAAGUGUCUAAUGCUCUGAACACUCUCUUCAUGCACUACUUCGUUGCCAAGAAAGAAUACUCACAUGGCUGUGCCGAGGAGAUCAUUCGGACAGUGUUUAACACGGUUCCUGACCUCCAUUUCCUCUUGUUGGUGGUGCCAAAUAAUGUCUUUCCAGAGUCAGCCAUCUCUGAUGUGUUCACCCCACUUGAUAGAGAAGAGAACUGUCCUGGAGGUCAAAACAACGUGGUGUUUAUCUGUCAGCGAUUUCAGCACGUUCCUGUUCUGCAUAUCAGAAAUGCCAUUGUAGAAGACCACGAUGACCUGACCCCUAUCUUCAACCGUCACAGUGAUGUGAUGAAGAAAACCUACGGAGAAUACUUUCUGGCCGAACUCAUUGAGGCACAGGACGAACACAUGCAGGCUUUAGUAGCUGAGGUUAAUGGAUUAGCUCACGGCUUCAUGAGUAUUAGUGAUGACGUUAAUUUUGACUUGCUCAAUGAGUGUUUUGAACUCGGUCCCUUCCAUGGCCUGCGGAAACCUCACCCAGACGAUGAGUUGAAACCACCAAGAACUCCCACACCAAUCACCCCACCACAGAAAGAGGAGAGUGCCACACGACGCUCAUCUCAGAGUUCUAUCAAGUCGAAUGUCUCCGUUAAAGAUGUCACUGAAGAACCAGUCAAAUCUGACGAGGGAUCCAAGGAAGAUCAGACUGUGACUCAGGUUCCUAGUCAGACGCAAACCCAGGCUCCUGGUCAGACGCAGGCCCAGGCUCCUGUGGAGGAGGCAAAGGAGAAGACUGACGUUGAGAAAGCAGGCAGCCGAGCUUCUUCAAGUACAAGCAGUUCACGAGCGGGCAGUGCUAGCAGCCUGGGUGAGGUGAAGAUUAAGGAACGCCUCAGUGAUGCUCAGAUAGGUGGCAGCACCAGCUCCCUGCUCAGUGAUGUCAGCUUCGUCAGCGCAGUGAAGGAAGCUGCCGAACAACAGCUGUUAACACAGGACACACAGCAGUCAAUGAUUUCCAGCCGGAGCACACCAAAGCCCACCCAGUGUCCAAGUCCGAUAAAACUGUUCAUUCCAGAGUACAAGGGAGAACCCAAUGCUUUCUGCAUCCAGCUCUUUUGUAUCGAUGAGAGAUACGAGAUGAGAUCCUCAGAUUUUCUGACCGAAGCUUUUUCAAAGUUUCCAGAGCGUGACUUCUGCAUCAUUUCUGUUCCACAUCUAGUUCCUGAGUUUCCUCUGCUACAGUGCUUUGUGCGAGUGACUCCAAGAUGUAGAAGCACUCUGCCUCAUGAACUGUACGUGUUUCAUCGAGGCGGACUCCUCAGAGAUUUCAAUGUGCGGCUGGUUUGCUCCAAAGACAUGGAGGAUGUCACCAAGCUUGUAGAGACGGUUGACCUUCAUGAGAAUCUCAUCAGGGACCUCGAGCAGUAUCACAGCUGCAGGAGAGAUUCUGACGGCACUCAGAUCCAGGCGUUUGUUGCUGAGAGUUCAAAUCAGAUUGUCGGUGUGGCGAUCAUCAGAAGGGAAGAGAACAUUGAGUAUAUCCGGUCUCACUACAACAUCGAGGACUUCAUCUACUACAACCAUCACAAGCGAGAGGAACACGCCCACCUCCACCACUUCGCUCUGAACCCAGUGUUCAACCACCUGUCCAAACACUUCCUCAAGGAAAUUCUUCGCUUGGGUCAUAAGACAUGUUUGUACUACCCACUUUAUCCAUCCUACAUCAGCAAAGAGAUCGUUGAGAAGCAUUCUCUCGUGUGUUGUCUGAACAACCUCGUACCAGUGCGGGCACGUCGUCAGAUUCAGUACCCGGUCCAGGACCUCGCAAUCAAUGCUCCAUCGGAGCGCAUCCUCCGACCACACGAACCCUACGCUCUCAAUCACAUCAACCGGAAACUGGCAUUGGAACCAAAGGUGACAAUAAAUGCGAGGAUUGUUGUGGUGGGUGCUUCAGAUGUUGGAAUCUCCUAUCUUGAGUCACUGGCAUACUGUCCUCAUCUGCGGUUCAACAACCUGUCUCUGAUAUCGCCGCACGGGAUGCCUGGAGAAAUGCCGUCAGACGAGCUGCGUGAACAGGUGUUAUCUACCAGUCACUGCUACAGUCUGGAGGACAAUGCAAAGAUUGCACUGAGGACUUGGGUUAAUGUUAUUUAUGGCAAGAUGACAGCAAUUGACAGGAAGAAGAAGCAGGUGACGGUGAAUGGGUCGAUGAUUGUCCCGUACGACCACCUCGUGCUGUGUGCGGGUCAGCAGUACCAGGUUCCCGCCCCCACCGGGGUCGACAUCACGCAGAACAUCUCCACCGAGGACGUCAUCCACGACCCCGAGUUUCCGUUCUCUGGCGUCACGCCGCAAAACCUCUACCUCGUGAAUGACGCAUUUGAUGCAGCCGUCGCACUCUACAAGGCCGACACGGAACUCAAGCCAGACAAAAAAGUGGUGGUGUAUGGUGUGUCACUUGACGCCUACACUUGCUUGCAGGCUCUUCUCAGUCUGGGAAUACAAGGCAGUCAGAUUGCGUGGGUUCAUCCACCUCUCAUGUAUCUGGUGACGUGUAUCAACAACAAAUCUGUGGAGGACUGUGUUCACCAGGCCGUGAGGGACGCCGGCGUGACCAUCUACUCCAACUUUCUCCUGGCACAGUUCAACGAUGGCGAGAGCAACUGCACGGUGAUUCGCUCAGCAAGCUUUACAUCGUUUACAGACCCGCUCAGACUGGACUGUGAUGCCUUUUUUGCAUUCUACAGGAAAGGCGUAGAUCAUGAAGCUUUCAAAGCUAUCAACGAUGCGUGCCUGGUGUAUGAUGGUAAACUGGUGAUCGAUUCGUCAUUCCACACCAAUGAUGUCGCAAUCCGAGCAGCGGGGACUCUGACAAAAUUCAAGCGAAAAUAUCAUGCUGAGCCCUGGACUCACGCAAACUUCAACUCUAAGGAAGUUGGAAUAGCGCUGGCUAGUGAAAUGCUGCGUCUGUUUGAUCCGACUGUGGAGGGACGACAGACUCCAGGGGAGGAAACUCUCAACUUGGUCCCCCUCUACAGAAACCCCAAGAUACAAGCAGCUUACCUUCCAGGUGGAUUUCACUACCUUCACGUGGCCAAACCAUGUAUUGCUGCAAAUCUUGAAGUCGAGAUGGCUCGGGCAGACUACGGCCGGGAGUUGAUAACUGGAGAACUUGGAGAGAAACCGAAUUAUUUCCGACUCCACAUAAACCAGUAUGACACAAUUGAGACCAUCACCUGUCUGUCAAAGAAAGCGAUACCCACAUACAAUAUCAUGUGUUUGUUUGGUGUCCACGAACGCUAUCUGAACAAUCUCUUGCAAAGGUUUGAUGAAGAACUCAUUCAAGACUUUUACCAAUUUUUCCAGGAAUCAUGGUGUCUGGCAGUCUACCACGACCGGUUUGCAGACUUCAGGGAUGAGAUUCGAGAGCUACUCAUUACCAGUCCGGAGGCCAGUCUUGAUGCCUUGGAGGAAAAGGUCCGUCAGAUCGUGGAUGAUGAAAUCACGACAUAUAAUACUUCAUGGAUCCCACUGUCUUUAGCUAUGGCGCCUGCACAGAGGAAGGAGCUGUAUGAUGCAUAUGCAGCGUCCGGGGCCAAGCGUGCCGUGGAGACUCGACUGCUGAGCUUCAUCAACUACAACCACUACCACCUGACGAUGUACGCCAAGCCAGGGAUGGUGUAGUGAUCGUGUAACAUGACCACUGGACAUGAGACACCAUUUUGUGAACACAGUAAAACAGUGAACUGUUGAUGUGUUGGAUACUGCAUGGGGAGAAGUUUAUAUCUCUUUUGUUUCUUAUAUGUGUUGAGAGAAUAUGGUGGUUUCUAAAACUAAAAAAUAUGAUUGAUUUCUUAUAACUGAGAAAAUGGAAGGAAUUGAUAAGAUUGGAAAAAAUAUAGGCCUAGUAAUUUCAUAAAACUGAAAAAAGAGGUUAUUUACAAAAAAGAAAAUGGAAUGAAUUGAUAAAAUUGGAAUAAAUAUAGUGAUUUCAUAAAACUGAAAAAAGAGGUGAUUUACAAAAACGAAAAAGAGACGUUAAAACAGAAAGUAGAUUGAUUUUAUGAAAAUUUGAAAAUAUGGUGAUUUACCCCACAAAAAACAUGAAUAAAAUUUAGAGAAAAAAACCCUGUGAUAUACAAUUUUUUUUUACAAAUUAGGAUGAUUUUAUAAAAAGAUAAAAUUGGGUGAUUUUAAAAAAGAAACUGAUAAAAAUAGAGGCAUUCAGUUUUCUUAAGAAGUGCUUUUGCUGUUUGGUAUCUGGGGCGUAAACAGAGAAGAAAAAAUGCUGAGGCAAACCCAGACCUGUAAAAUAAAUAUCAGUGUCAUGUGAAAAAUAAAAUAAAUCUGAGGAAAUUCCAGACAAGGCAAGGCCUCGUCUGCCUCAUGCUGGCUACACCAUUGGAUAUGUAAAUAUGUACAUAAUGGAUAAAAUGUGUUGAAAACAUCUUGGUCUGUAUCGAAGUAAUACAUCUUACUAAGAAGUGAUACAUCCAGUGGCGUAGCGUGGGUUGCCAGCGCCCGGGGCAAGGCAAGUAUUGCUCCCCCUAACCAGUGGACCGUUAGCACUCCCCGAGUUCCUUCCACCUGCCCCGGUAGCCCCGCCCAUGCUACGCCACUGGGUACAUCCCACUACUAAAUUUUAAUUUUAAUUUAAUGAUAUGCUAUUUAUAAAUCCUUAUUACACAAACAGCAAGUCCAUGUAUCUAUAUUUAUAUAUAUAUAUUAUUUUAUUUGGGUAAUGUCAAAACAAAAAGCAGUCAUCAACAGCAUUGUACAUGUAUUAGGAAUGAAUUGAAAAAAAUCAUAAAAUUCAGAAAAUAAGGUGAUUUAAAUAAACAACAACAGAAAAUAGGGUGAUUUAAAUAAACAACAACAGAAAAUAGGGUGAUUUAAAUAAACAACAACAGAAAAUAGGGUGAUUUAAAUAACAAAGAAGAGAAAGAGAGACAAAACUGUGUUAAUAGUACAGUAAAAUCCCACCUAACGACAACUCCAGUACUGAGACCACCCCACUAUAAGGACCAAUAUUUUAAAGACCGGAGUAUUUCCUUAUUAUUUUAUAGCAAAACUACUCCGGUAUUAAGACCACACCGCUAUUAAGGAAUAAGACUAGUAAAGUCAGACCCAAUGGUCGUUUUCAGUGCAUUUGGACUCCAGAAAUACAACCACAGCAUUUACUUGUCAUGUCAUAUAAGCGACAAACAACAAAUAAUGUGAUAAAUAAUGUGGUAAAAUCUCACCUAGUUGUCCAUGCUAUGGUGUUAAUUGCAGGUAUAUGUGUUGUUCAAACUAGCAAUUAAAUAGUCUUAUAUGUAUUUAGUUUGAAAGACAAAGGUAUUACUUUUGAACUGGGAAGUCAUAGUUAAUUUCUGGAAGGUACAGCGCACAUUCAUUUUAUUGUAUAACCUGCACACAAUAAUGUUUAUAUGAAAACAAAUGCUAUACCAUCUUAGUACUUUAUUUUUCAUAGAAACUGACAACAAAUGCGACGAUUAACUGUGAUCAGUCAAGUGAGACAGAAUUCACGUUUGUAUUACCUUUAGGGCAGUGGAUGUCCUAAAACGUUGAAGGGUGUCAUUUGUCCAGACAGUUGUUAAUUCUGUUGUGUAAUAAUUAAGAAAAAGAACGGGUCCAAGGUCACAAAUAUCUGAAGCAGGUUUGACACUUGAUUAUUCUUGCAUUUCAAUGUAAAUGUGAAUACAUCGUCAUCGCCAAGUAAUUUUAUCAGUUUACACAUUACUGAUGGCAAUCGAAAAGGAGGGUGGAACAUAAAAUUUACAAUGAAUAUUUACCAAACAAUCAUCUUUUUGAAUGAUAAUGUUGGUAAUUCGGUAUUAGGACCACCCCACUAUUAAGACCACUUUUAAUAAGUCCUGUUGAUGGUCGCAAUAGUGAGGUUUCACUGUAUUAAUAAUAUUGUCUUUAACAUUUGAUCGUGAUUUACUUUUCUUGGGGUUAUAUUUUGACGAGUAUAAUUUUUGUAAUACUAUUGUAGCAUGCCUUAUAUGUUUUUAUUCCUGAAUUAAAAAAAAAGGAAGGGAUAUUAGUUUUCACUGUAAAUAAAUGUAUUUUAUCUCUGUUUUUCACAAUGUUGUGAUCACUGAUUUCAUUGUGUUAUGUCUAAGUUAUGUGUACCAUUGGUCUCAUCAUCUAUUAAUAUAUUUGAAUCGAUAAAACAAAAACAUUUUUGAGGAGUGAGAUAUAUUGUUCUCACAUCAUAAAAAUUAUUAAAGGAAAAAGGAAAAUCUUUGGAUAAAACAGGGGUGGGAAUUCUCCUCGGAUCAGAUGUUUUCCUCUCAUGGAACAUUGCAUUUCCUAGCAUUUUAAUCGUCCUUUUUUCCAAAAUGUGUCAGAUGGUACAGAUUUUAACCUAGGAUUUCAAGAAUUUCCGGGACCUCUCUAGAUUUCCUCUUUUUUACAGUUCACCAAUUCCCACCCCUGAUAAAAGAUUCAAGCUAUAAAUGUUUGAACAUGCAGUAUGUAUUCCUUGACAUUGAUGGAUUAUGCUAAAUGUCAAAAUAGGAUGUUGCUGAGGAUCUGUGCCUUUAACUGUGUUUUGUGUCGUUGUUCUGUUGCUGUUCUAUAUAAUUUUAUAGAAUGUGUUGAUUGAUGUAUCAGUAAUACUGUUAAAAGACUUUUUCAUUAUCAUUUUCCUGCCAGAAAUUCAUCUGUGAUAUAUAGUUUUAUUUGUGUUUUUUAUGUAUUUAUUUGUAUUUAUAAUACCUAAAUAAUUUAUAUAUCAAUUCCAUAAUUAUUAUUAAAUGUUUUCCCAUUUUACACUCCUUUUUGUGCUUAAUAAUUAAUUGACUAUACACAAAAUGUAUAUUUUUUAUGUAAAUUGUUUUGUUUUAAUAAGAUAAUAUUCAGAAUUGAAACUAAAUUAUUCAUAAGUAACAAAGAGUAAUGUUUAAUAUUUUUUGUUUAAUAAAUGCUAGUAUUUGAUUGAGAUUUAUAAUAAAUUAAGUAUUUGCACUUA